AGAAGACAGGUGGUCACGGUUCAUUCCCGUGAUUUGAUUCACCAGGGACUGUCCGGGUGGCGAGCAGCUUUUCGCCGCACCCUUCGAAGGCAGUGACGACAGCCGGUCAAUUCCCGAUGGAGCCACUUUGUUGUUAUUUGUGCCAUUGUUCUUUGGGGGCACGACUUCCGGUUGAGAAGCCCAGCGCAAUAGUGUACGAGGAGCCACCUUGAUCGGUUGGCUGGUAGACGCGGGGAUUCUAUCUCGAAAUUCUUACCAUGUCUUGUGCCAACGACAAUCUCACCGCCAAGCUGGCCAUUGAGCGGUCAGACAACCACAAACCCGAUGCAAGCAGCUCGGUUGCUCCUUCUUCGGCUGGCGAUGCAGCCACAGGUACCGAAGAUGGUACUCCUGCGGGAGAUGAUCAAGUUGGGCCAUGGACUGGAUGGGCUGAGGUGGAGAAUGAUCCGGUCAUCUUCACCACGCUACUGCGUGAAUGGGGCGUACCAGGGAUUCAAGUGAACGAGGUCGUUCCGCUUGACAGUAUCUUCGAAUAUACACCGGAGGAAGUCUUCGGCCUCAUCUUCCUUUCAAGGUGGGUGGCAGCGGAGACAGAGAACGAGAUUAAGGAGGAUCCGCAGGGGGUUUGGUUUGCAAAUCAGACAUCCGCUUUUUCCUGCGCUACUGUUGCUUUGAUGAACAUUGUCAACAACCAUGGUGGCAUCGACCUAGGUCGCUCUCUCAACGAUUUCCGAACGAAUACAAUGAACAUGACUCCGAAAGAACGCGGCGUUGCCCUGGAUGCAUUUGACCACGUCAGAGAGGUCCACAACUCUUUCGCGACAGUCUUUGAUAAGAUGAACGUCGACCUCCGUCUGAAACAAGACUUUGCAGCGGCUGAAAAGAAAAAGAAAGCCGCUCAAGCGAAACGUCCUCGCAAGAAGCGCAAGCGGGAGGAAGAGUUUGAAGAUGAGGAAAACGGCUUCCAUUUCGUGGCCUACGUGCCAGCUAGCGGAUCUGUCUGGAGAAUGGAUGGCAUGGAAGUGCUGCCUCGGAAGUUGGGUACUCUUUCCGAGGGAGACAGCUGGAUUGCAAUGGUCCUACCGGAGCUCCAAGCUAAAUGGGAAUCAGCAAGUACAAACGAUCUCGAAUUUUCUUUGCUGUCGUUGACAGCCCUGAAAGAUACCUUGGGUCUGGAGGCGGACCGGGAGAAGAUGGAGCGGGCGAGGGAGGACUGGGGACCAUUUAUCGCUGAAGUGGUUAGAAUACAUGCGGAAAAGGGAAACUUGAAAGAGCUGCUCGGUUGAUGGAAGUAUAUCCGCCCUUUUCCUUCAGAUUCAGAUUUACGGGGUUGAAGAGGAGGCGGUCUUGUCUGUACCGUCUUCUUCUUCUUC